GCGUGGAGUUGGUCUGAGCGCCCCAACAGGCAGCAGAGGGAACGAAACAGAAACGACAGUCCAACCACGUUGUGGACUUGAACGCCUACAACUUUCAGUCACACACACACACACACAUACACAGAGUUCCUACGCCGGUGUGUGUGUGUAUGUAUGAGUGUGUUUGGAGACCGUAGACGGCGGCGGAGGAGAGGAGCGCAGUUUUAUGGAUUCUACCUGGGCUUUCCAGCUCCCUUUGACACCGCAGGUCGCAACUGAAGAGUUAAACAAACCACGGUGAUUCAACAGGGCAUGCGGUUGUGGCUGAGAUUCCAGAGCGCACACAGCUUAAUGGUGACCCACUACUUCCUCUACUGUCGGUGUUCACCACAUUCGUCAGCCUCUCCCUGAUGUGGCGGCCUUGGGUCUGAUGCACCAUGGCCGAGCCUCCAGAGCCCAGCCAGGAGAUCGUGGACUGGCUGGACACCCUGCGUCUUCCCCAGUACACCCUGUGCUUCCAGCAGGGUGGCUACCAAACUUUGCAAGACUGCAAGGACCUCACAGAUGAGCGCCUCCUCGAGCUCAGGGUGUUUCCUACCGGCCACCGGAGGCGCAUCCUCCGCAGUUUGGAAGCACUCGUGUUGGAGCAGGAAAGUGGGGAGGAACAGGCGGAGGCGGGGAAUGAAAACGUGAGGGGCCGGAGGAAGCCCGUCCCACACCCGAGACAUAUCUUCCUGAAGGACAGAAAAAGGGGGACGUCAUGCCAGCACGCUCAGCCAGUGGAAAGGAGGAAGUAUGAUUUGGAGGGGAGUCAAACUUUACCCCCAGGAGCAGGAUUAGGAGUGGAAACCGAGGCUGUCUCAGAGAACAGAGGCCUCUCCCCGCCCCAGCCAGCGCCGCGCAACCCCCAGAACAUCUGCACCCGCUCCACUGCCUCCAUCUCCACCACCAGCAGUGACUCUCUCUCCCUUUCUUCCCACUCUGAAAUACCGUCCGACUGGGAGAUUUCCUCCGAGGACCCUUCCUUCUCCAGCGCUGACUCUGUCCCUUAUCCACCUGAAGGCUUCCACCCAGCGCCGACUGAGGACCAAAGUGGCUUUCAGGGCGAGAUGGUGGAAAAUGCCAUCUAUGAAAGAGAGCCCAGCAUUGAGGCUCCCAGGGGUCCGCGGCCGACACGCUCCUAUCGGCUGAGGCACCGGCCUGUCCCUGAAAUCCCAAAUCAGGUCAUUCUGCCACCUCAGGACAGGAGCACACCACUAGCGCAAACAACCAGCCCUGAACACCUACCCGGCUCCGAGGGUCCCACCGGUGCAAACGGCAUACAGAAAGCUCCGCUUCAAAGAACCUUGACUCCCAUUGUUCCCUAUGGAGAGACGUUCCUGUACAACAACCCCGAAAACAUUCUGGAACAAGGAGCUAAAGAAGCGGCAAAGACAGAUUUUAAAGACAAGAUAAAGCAAAAGAAGCCAAGGAAAAAGGCUAAACACAAGGGACGGGAGCCCAAGAAAAACACGUCAGCUGCUCCCGACCCCUAUGAGGAAGACUACUCGACGGUGGAAGAGUGUGCGGCUAUUGUGCAGCGAGCCAAUUGGGACAUGCUGAAAGCUGCUACGUUGACCCCUGAACCUCAAACUACCAGCCUAACAGCCUCUGGCCCCGCCUCUCAGGGCGGAGCUAUGAAGAUGGUGGUCUGUGACCUCUAUUCAGAGCCUUUUGAUGCUCUUGGGGGUCCGGUCAGAAACGUGCUGCCUGUGACCUCGGACAUUUCACCGUACGCGUGCUUCUAUGGACCCCCGAAACAACAGCUGAUCAAAGCCGGUUGGCUGGACAAGCUGUCUCCUCAAGGAAACUGCGUAUUUCAGAGGAGGUGGGUGCGAUUUGACGGGGAGAGUCUGGCCUACUACAACAAUGACAAGGAAAUGUACUCAAAGGGAAUGAUCCUGGCCAGUGCCAUCAGGCAGGUGAGAGGACUUGGGGACAACAAGUUCGAGGUUGUUACCGGCCUUAGGACCUUCAUAUUCCGGGCGGAAAAAGAAGGGGAGCGCCAAGAGUGGAUGGAAACUCUUCAGACGGCCGCGCGCCCACCCGCCCGCAGCUCCCAGAAGCCCUCCGACAGCUUCCCGCUCCCCACCUCCACAAACAAGCGAGGCUUGCUGGAGCUGCGUGGCUACAAAGGCAGAGUGCUGGUGUCCCUGGCGGGGAGUAAAGUCAGGCUCUGCAAAACAGAACAGGACUAUAAAGCUGGCCUGGCGAUUGCUGAGGUGGAACUGACUGCUGCCAGAGUCAAAGAUGUGGACCGCAGGGCCUUUGAGAUCAACACACCCUUCAAGAACUUUUGCUUCACCGCCGAGUCAGAACGGGAGAAGGAGGAGUGGAUUGAAGCGGUCCAGGAAUCGAUUGUUGAGACGCUCUCCGACUAUGAAGUGGCAGAGAAGAUCUGGUUCAACGAGGCCAACAGGAGCUGCGCCGACUGCUGCGCCCCCCAGCCCGAGUGGGCGUCCGUCAACCUGGGUGUGGUCAUCUGUAAAAAGUGUGCAGGGCAGCACCGUUCCCUUGGCCCAAACAUUUCCAAAGUGCGGAGCUUGAAGUUGGACAGCAGCAUCUGGAGCAAUCAGCUGGUGGAGCUCUUCCUGGAGGUCGGCAACAAGAACGCCAACAGCUUCUGGGCCGCUAACCUUCCCUUGGAGGAGGAGCUGUACAGGGCGGCUUCGGCCGAGCAGCGGGCCACGUUCAUCCGCAGGAAGUACAGGGAGAGGAAGUACUGCAAGGUCCUGGAGGGGUUUCACGAUCAGGAGCAGCUCAACCAGGCACUGUGCUCGGCUGUGGUGUCGCCCGACGUCCUGCAGACGAUGGCGCUGGUGUUCAGCGGGGCGGAUGUCAUGUGCGCCACAGGAGACCCAGACUUCUCCACCCCAUACCUGCUGGCCCAGCGGGCUGGCCAGAGGCUUCAGAUGGAGUUUCUUCACCAUAACAAGCUCUCUGAUUUUCCCAAACUGGAUCAGUGGUCAGAGAGCUCCUGCCUGUCUGAUGCGCCCGUCUUCAUGGAUGGGUUUCUGUAUUUUUCCCCCGGCCCCGCCAAGGCCACGCUGGACCGCCGCGGACGAGAUGACAUGGUACGUCGUUGGUGCACCUUGGAAGGCGGCUUCCUGAGUUACUACGAGAGCGAGCGAAGCCCCACCGCCAUCGGCAGGGUGGACAUCACCGAGGUGGUCAGCAUGGCGGUCAGCAACACAGAGACCAUGACUGGAGCUGGGGCUGUGUUUACACUGGAGUUGUACCUGCAGACAGAGAGAGUACUGAUGGUGGGAGCUGAAACACAGGAAACCCAGCAUGACUGGCUCCAGGCUCUCGCAAAGUGCUUUGUGCCAUCUAAAGUUGAGGGAAUGGUGCAGAGAGACAGCGAGCUGAUUGGCAGGCUCCACUACAAGGAAGGUCAUGAUCUUUACCACUGGAGAAUAGGUUGGUUUACUCUGGAAGGCUCAGCCCUGCACUUCAGCUCGGGAGAAGGAGAUGGAGUGGAGGAAGUGCUCCAGCUCAAACAGCUACAAGAACUCACUGUCUCGACACAUACCGAGGGUGACGACAAGAUUCAAGUCCUGCUGAUGGUGGAAGGUGGAAGAACAGUUUACAUCCAUGGCUUCAACAAAGUGGACUUUGCACUGUGGCACUCUGCGAUCUCGCUGGCUGCUGGCACAGAUGGCAGGGCGCUCGGCAACCAGCAGCUGAGCAAAAAUGGCGUCCCUAUUGUACUGGACAGUUGCAUUGCUUUUGUCACUCAGUAUGGUUUGUGUCAGGAGGGGGUCUACCAGCGGCCAGGGGACCCUGACCGCGUGGCCCUGCUUCUUGAGGAGUUCAACCGGGACGCCCGGAAUGUCAAGCUGCGGGAGAAAGAGCACCAGCUAGAGGACGUCACAGAUACCCUGAAGAACUUCUUGUCCCAUGCUGAGGACGCCCUGCUGACCAAAGAGCUCUAUCCCUACUGGGUGUCGGCCCUGGAUGAGAAGGAUGAGAGGCGGAGAGUGGAGAAGUACUCCACAUUCAUCCAGAGUUUGCCAAAGAUAAACAGGUCAACCCUCAAAGCCUUGCUGCAACAUCUGUACAGGAUUCAGCAGUGCUCCCACCUCAACCAGAUGCCGAGCCAACGGCUGGCCGCUGUCUUCUCCUCCUGUCUCUUCCAGACUCAGGGCCAAACGCCACAGGAAAUCAGUGUGAUCCAAGACCUCAUCAACAACUACGUUACACUGUUCAAAGUCAAUGAGGACCAAGUGCAGCAGAUGGAGAGGGAGAACAGCUUCAUCACACGCUGGAACGACAAGAAGGACGCCACAUUCUCUCCAGCUGGGGACUUGAUCUUUGAGGUAUAUUUGGAGAAGAGGGAGCCUGAGAACUGCUGUUUAAUCAAGCUCUCUCCCAGCAUGCGGCCCACCGAGCUGGCAGAAAGUGCACUGAGUAUGAGGAACAUCGCCGUCAACACUGAUGACCUUUGGACCACGUUUGAAGUAAUUGAGAAUGGAGAACUAGAGCGGCCCUUGCACCACAGGGAGAAUAUUCUUGAGCAGGUACUGGAAUGGAGCACUCUGGACGAUCCCCGCUCUCCCUUCCUCGUCAUAAAGAAAUUUGCAGGAGCUAAAGCUGUGGCUGAUAGUCAAGACCUAAAGCAGUUCAUGAAAGCAGAGUAUUUGAAGUUCAGAGAUGGAUCCUCCAAACUGCUUUCGGGACACAAAUUCCAGGACAAAUAUGUUGUGCUGCGCGCAGAGAAGCUGCUACUCUACAGAGAUAUCAAAAGUGCUAAAGCAGAGAGAGAGGUUCUGCUCAAGUCUGUGAAGUGCUACCUGGGUCUGAAGAAGAAGCUCAAACCCCCGACCAGCUGGGGCUUCACAGUCUUCACAGAAAAACAGCAAUGGCAUUUCUGUUGUGAGGAGAAGGAAGCUCAGGUCAGCUGGGUGACUGACAUCAUCAGGAUGAAGUACGGUUCUGACUUCUGUUUGAAGAGUAGUAACUCAAAUGAAACUGCAGUUCACAAAUCCUCCAGAGGGGGAGCUGUGACUGAAGGCCAGAGGAUUCCACAGCCCAACCGCAAUCCCAUCAGGCAGCUGACAGAUAGGAAGUUUUCUCUUGGCGAUGUUAACCCAAGGAUCGUCAAAGAUGCCAGUCUCCAACACAAGACCAACACGGUGGCCAACUGCCUCAGGCACAGCGACCUCCUCGGCGUCCCAGGGGCCGCGAACAGAAGAUCCUCUGUCGGUGUUUGCCAGUCGCAGCGCUGCCCGUCCCCGUCCCCAUCCAGACAGCCAGACCGUACAACUUUGCCCAUUCCCCCUCCGAGUGUCUCCAAGAGCCCCAGCAGGAGGCCUGUUCUGGGCGGGGAGGGCAUGAUGCCGCCGAACCUGCUGAAUGAACUGAACUCAGUGCUGAGCAGGACUGGCCGCAGUGCCAAGAAAGACUAAAAGGAAGAGAGGCAGCAGGAAAGUAAAGCACUCACAGAAAUGGUCAGUUGGAGCGAUAAAGAAAAAAAAUUACAGGGUUGAGUAAUGGGAAGAUGCCUGGAGUGACAGAGAAAGAACAAGUAAUUCAGACCAAGGCAGGAUGACCUGUUUCCAUGAGGGAGGAUAAUGGCCUGAAGACUACUUUCGGAUUUGGAUAUAUAAAAAGAUGCUGGUGCACGAGGGGAUGUGGAGAACAGGUGCAGGAUAUGCUGGAGGUCAUGCAGACCUCAGCUGGACGUGGCGCUGACCCAAGCACUACAAUAUGCCGCUCUUUCAAAGCCUGGAAUGUUAUAAAAAUAUGUCCUUCUGUCAAACCUCAAAAGUUUCCAGUAAUAGUCCACAUUGCCUUCUCUGUGCUGUGUUACUCCAGCUGCCCUGAAAACGCUUCAGUGUUUUGUUUACAUCCAAGGUGAAUUAUGGUAAAUCUGCUUAGGCAAAAUGUGUUUAUUAUCCUCUCAACAGAUGUUGAAGAAAAAAAAAAAACAUUUUUUCAGGUAUUGUAGAUCCACUAAGUGUGGUUUAAUGCAAACAGUGUUUAAUUCCAUAUUUAGUAUUACUUAUAUCCUUCAACCUCACAUAUUAUCUGCCACUGACAAGUUCCCAGUAAACUGAAAAACCAGCAUAUAUUCACUUCCAAAUCAUUUCCAAAGUCAGUGUGAAGCAUGGCUUGAAAAUGAAAUCGUUUUGGAUUGGUUCCAUUCGGAAAAGCAAUAUUAUUACGGCUUUUCUGUUCAAGUUCUGCUCCAAGAUUAUGUCCCUGAACAGAUGAUGAACAAUACAAGUUUUUACUGAAAAACUUUUGUUCUUUUCCAAAGUGUUAAAACAUUUGAAUUAAAAGGAUCUGAUGAUGUACUGUCUAACAUUUAUCCAGGAUGAACUUACGGCUCCAUUACUGAUUUUGCCUUAGCUUUGAAGAGAAUAGGACUGUUUUGUGUUUUACCUCUUGUACAAGAACAAGGCAUCUAGGGAAGAAAAGCAACAUCAGGUUUCCUGAAAUGAGAAAUGAUAUGUAAAUUACAUGACAAAGUCAUCAGUGAGAUCGACAAUAUAACUUACAAAACCUUCCAACUUAACCGAGCUUCUGGGGGAAAAAAAUUAAAGCUGCCUUUCCUAGGUUUGAGACAGAAAUGCUGUGUGAAAGCUGAGUCAGAGGGACAAAAAAAGAUGAUGAAUGUUUCAGAAAGGAUUUAACGGGCCCUUGUGCAUGUGUGUGUUCAAAUGGGCCAUUUUAAACUGUUUCUAGCAAUUUAACUUGAAAAUUAACUCAUCCAAUCAGAUAAUUACAGGUGGGGUAAAACAAAAUACAGGAUGAAAUGAAACCAUUAAAAUAAUCAACAAUAAAAUAAUCAAAAUGUCAGAAAACAAAACAGAUUCUUUGGGCUCAUCUGUGAAAUUAAAUUAUGAAAAAUUAAAAAACAACUUUUUUCCCCCCUUUAAAUUAGCAACUGAAAGAAAAGCUCAGGUGCCAUGAUGGAAAUGGUAUGAAGCAAAAAACGAUAAACACCAGUUGUUGUUUCAUUAAAAAUGAUUACCUUCCAGGGAAAAAGUAUUGUUUUCAGAUUUAUUACUCAUCAGGAUAGGAUUUUUUUAUUUAAAUUGCUGAGAGCUCUUUAUCUAUAUUUAUCUGUAUUUUAAUAAUCCUCUGUUGGUUUAUUUAAUAUACUAGUUUCAGCUUUCAGGCAAAUAUGCACAAUAAAUAGUGAUUUUUAUAUUC